GUUAGAUUUCCACCACACAACACUGACUUAUACAGAGUGAGUCACAAGUCUUGGGACAAAGAAUGGAACCAUAGUUCAUGUCAGAGGAAUUCUCAUGGAUCUCUUGAUGACAUGUGUCUUUGUUGGGUACAUGGUUGCGUGCAUUACAGCAAUCCAAGCCAGCCAGCUAUCUCAGGAAUCUGACAGGGUGAUUAAUCUGCCAGGCCAACCUCCAAGCCCAUCUAGUAUCUCUCACUUCUCAGGGUAUAUCACUGUCAAUCAAGAGAAUGGAAGGGCUCUUUUCUACUGGUUUUUUGAAGCUCAGUCUCAACCAUCAAAGAAGCCCCUCCUCCUCUGGCUUAAUGGAGGACCUGGUUGUUCAUCAAUAGGGUACGGUGCAGCUGUGGAGCUAGGUCCUCUUAGAGUAGGAAAAAAUGGAGUUAGCCUUCACUUCAAUAAAUAUGCUUGGAAUAAAGAAGCCAAUCUUCUAUUUGUAGAAUCCCCGGUUGGAGUCGGGUUUUCUUACACCAAUACAUCUUCUGAUCUUAAUAAGUUGAAUGAUGGAUUUGUAGCUGAGGAUGCCUACAAUUUCCUGUUGAACUGGUUUCAGAGAUAUCCACAGUUCAAAACCCUAGAUUUCUUCAUGUCAGGAGAGAGUUAUGCAGGUCACUACGUGCCACAACUAGCAGAACUUAUCUAUGAUCGAAACAAGGAUAGAACUAAAUAUCCAUUAAUUAAUCUCAAAGGUUUUAUAGUAGGGAAUCCAGUAAUUGAUGAUUACUAUGAUUACAAUGGUUUGCUAGAAUAUGCUUGGACCCAUUCUGUGAUACCAGACCAUCUCUACCUCAAAGCCAAAGAAGUGUGUGAUUUCAGAUUAGCUAACUGGUCUGACAAGUGCAACAAUGCCAUGGACAAAGUGUUUGAUGAAUAUAAUGAGAUUGACAUUUAUAACAUCUAUGCUCCUAAAUGCCUUAUUAACAGUUCAUCUUCAUUUGCUGAUAUCAAUGGCCAAAGUGUUGAAGCAUUAGGCAAGCUAAAUUAUUAUGGAUUAAGAAGGAUGAGAAUCCUGGGUGGUUAUGAUCCCUGUUUCUCUGUACACACAGAACAGUAUUUCAACAGGGAAGAUGUUCGAACAUCUCUUCAUGCAACUGUCAAAGAAGUAAAAUGGAAGACUUGCAAUGAUUCCAUCUUCAGGACAUAUAUUUAUAAUGUUUCUUCUAUCCUUCCUAUCUACAAUAAGCUCAUCAAAGGUGGCCUCAAGAUAUGGAUUUAUAGUGGGGAUAUAGACGGCGGAGUACCCUUUAUUGCUUCACGAAAUAGCAUUCAAACUCUUCGACUUCCUGUCAUUUCUCCUUGGCUUUCCUGGUACCAUCACCACCAGGUUGGAGGAAGGAUAGUAGAAUACGAAGGACUGACAUACGUGACUGUAAGAGGGGCUGGUCACUUGGUGCCACUAAACAAACCAAGUGAGGCACUUGCCCUGAUCACCUCCUUCUUGACUGGGAAACCCCUGCCUACACACAGGUACUCAAAUCCCUAACUUGCAGAAAUGGAACCAGUCUACUGCCCCAAAACUUGAGAUAUUCAAGUUUUCAUGUUGUCUUCAUCCUCUUAUCAAGUAGAUAUAAUAAGCCAUGCCCCUUCGGAGUAUUUAUACUCCAUAUUGGUUGGCACUUGGCAUUUCAAACAUCAAAAUCCUGAGAUCAAAGUGACAAUUUGGAUCAUUUAAUUUGUGUGAUUUGAAUUUAGCAUUAUCUUUACCAUG